UUCACUUCCUGUCUUUGUCUGGUUUCCCUCCCUAUUGACCACCUGCUCGACCUAAUUAAUUUUACCUGUGUCUGGUUUCUUUGUGAGUCCGGUGUGUGUGUUUCCGUUUCCUCGAGGCCAAUUCAUCUUGUCAGUUUCUCUAUCAACGUUCGAGGAUUUCUUGAUUAUUCUCCUGUGAGUCAUUGACCAGCUCUUGGAACCCUUUGGCUGAUCUGACUGUCGACCUGUGACCAUACCUGCCUCAAGUCAGCCUAUCACUGCUUCACUGCACAGGAAUGUCUUGUCAUGGAAUGUGUGGCGGGGGCAACAGGAGGAGAGUGUGACUCUUUAACCAUAACACAGUGUGACUCCUCCCUGACUGCAGAUACUGGAUCUCUCAGGAAACUUUCCAACCUGUUCACGACUGCAUGUGUUACAGAUGUGGUGGGAGAGAGUCCAGAGACGGCAUUUUCACCUCAGAGGACCCUGUGUAUCCAGCAACUCCACAGCCUGAGAAGGGUUUAGCUUCACCGAACCCCCACACAACUCUUAGGAGAGGAGCAUCAUUGAUCCCCAGGAGCACAAUGAGAGUCACAGACUCUCAACUGGACGUCGGCAAACAGAAACCUACCAGUGUGGCCACGAAUGAGUUCAGACAGGCCUCCUCACCAGCUGAUGGAUUGGUAGUGAGAGAUGCAGGGAUGAGGAAAGUACAACUUGUACAACACAGACUGGGCUGCACAGAGGGUGACUCCAAGCGGGACGUAUUAGGUGGCUCAUUAAUGAACCUGUCCACACAACCUUCCUACCGGUCGUAUAUCCACCGUGAAGUGCCUCUGAGGUCCACCAGCUCUGUUGUGUUUUUAGACAAGUCACUUUCCAUUUCCCUCGUGGAACUACAGGGAAGAAGAGCAGGUCAACCCACUUUGUACAGAACCACCUUGUCUGUUCGCCUCGGUGUCUUGUCCUGCUGCAGAUCCUCUACAUAUCUCCAACCAGCCAAAACAAAUGGGGUUUACAGGAGACCCAGAGCUGCCAUGACAGGCAGUAACAAACGCAAUGGCCAAGAGAUGGGUUUGGGUCACUGCAGUGGCCCCGUAUCAAAGCAGCAGGGCUGCAAGGUUGAGCAAACAGCGCACACUAAUGGUAAUAACAAGGUGGACGAUUCAGACACAGAGCGCCACAGCUCUGCUUUGGGAUUAUUGUCAUUCCGAGGGCCAAACCCCUCGAACACAAAGGCUGGCCGGCAGAAGGAGAAUGCAGAUGAGGGUGUCUCACCUUCCCGGAGCAAUUUCAGGCGCAUGCAGCAAACUUUCAACAUCGGCCCAGUGGAAUCAUGGAGCAAACAGACAGUGACGGACAUCACUGACGAACACAGCUGCCCCACACAACCCCAAAAGGUCUCUGCUCUGGACAAGACCUGUUUUUAUCGUUCCCGACUAAGGCCUGACUCUGUGGAGGACUCGUCACCGCAGACUCUCAGUCUCAAAGAGGCUCUGCAGCUAUUCAGGCCAGACUUCAUCAGCCGAUCUCAGGGUCGGGUGAGGAGGUUGGAGCAGAGGUCCAGGAGGAGGCGGGCACUGCAGGACCCCAAUCCAGACCUGGUGCAGGGCCUCAGGGAGGAUGGAGGCCGACAGAAGAGGAACUGCACCACACCAGAUCCACUUAGCAAUAACCUUUUCAGGCCCAGAGAGAGGUCUAUAUCAGGCAGAGAGAUGCAGCUGAGGUCCAGACGGAUUUACAACAAGCUGCCAGAGGUGACAAAGAAAAAGGAGGAGGAGAAAAGGAGGGCUGUAUCACAGACCAACAGAUUGCGAGCAGAGGUUUUCAAAAAGAGACUUCUGGAGCAGGUCCUGCAAAGAUAAAUGAGGCAAAUGGGGAUCAUUCACUGUUAUUUCAUCCCUCUUUCCUCCAUGUACAGUACAGUAUAAGAGACUGUGUACUUAAUCCUAUUAUUGUAAUGGUCUGCGUAGUUAUAUGCGUGUGUUUUUAUAUUAAUUUUAAUACGACUUUUCUCUGUUAAAUUACUUCUCUCAUCUUUGCUGCCUAAAAAAGUAAAUUAAACAAAAAUCUGUUUUCACUGACUCAAACAACAAAGCAUCAAAACAUUGACAAAACUUUCUGAUUAGUCUUUAUACUUACUGAGUUGCAACUAGAGGCUAUAAUAACUAAAUGUUGGUUUAGGAAUAAUCACUAGUCAGUAAAUGAUUUAUUAACAUACCCUUUUACAUUUAUAACAAGAGUCUAAUGAAAAUACUUUUUUUUAUGAACAUGUACAUAAGUGUUAAUUGUUUGAUUUGAUGUGAGACAAAGAUACAGAUGGAUGUGUCUGCUUAUUCCACUGUGGGAGUUUUUUUACAAAAUAAACACCUCUU